AUGACACCACUUCAUAUGGCAGCUAGCCAAGGGCAUCUAGCAGUAAUUAAAAGUAUUAUUUCCAAUUGUCCAGAUUGUUACGAAUUGGAGGAUGAUAGAGGUUGGAACAAAGAUGCAAAAGGUAACACUCCGUGUCAUAUCGGGGCAGCUGCCCGUCGAUAUUUCGUGUCUGGAUUGGGCGACAGGAAGGCUGUCAACAACCAAAAUGUCAGUGUGUCAGACAUAAUAAAGUACGGCUACUCUGAGCUAGAGAAAGAAAUUCAAGAAUUGUCCAAAGAUGUUGGCAAAGGAAAUCAAUAUCCGAAUGGUGUAAUCCGCAUUGGAAAAGAGGAAAAAAUUGAGGAUAGCCAAAAGCAAGAUAAAUCUGCAGAAGACGACAAGGAAACAAGAGCAUCACAUUUGGUAGUGGCUACACUCAUAGCAACUGUAACCUUUGCUGCGGCUUUCACCUUUCCUGGUGGUUAUAAUAGUGAGAAAGGACAAAACCAAGGCACCGCAAUUUUAGGUAGAAAUUCAGCUUUUCAAGCGUUUAUAAUAACGGAUACAAUUGCCAUGACCCUCUCCCUCUCUGCUGUUUUUAUCCAUCUUUUUUUGUCCUUUAAAGGUAUCCAUAAGUCGGAGGACCUGUUCCGUAGAUUGUUGGGUAUUGCCUUGAUUCUCACCAUGUUUGCCAUGGGAGCAAUGGUUAUUGCAUUUAUUACAGGCACAUAUGCAGUGUUAGCACCUUCUUUAGGGCUGGCCAUUACCACUUGUUUCAUUGGCUUGAUCUUCUUCCCUCUAGAGUUUUACGUACUAGGACUACUCUUAACAAAAGCCAUAAAUGACAUGCUUGGUGGGCGGUUGUAG